UUUAAAAACUAGCAUUUUUUUUGUUUAGAAAAUGUUAUGGAAACUAGAACCAUCCAGAAAUGAUAAAAAAAAGAAGAGAAAGUCAACCUUAUGUGCCGUGGUGUGGGCCGAUUUUGUGCACGUAGAGCCAACAUCCAAAGAAUGGGUGUACAAUGUCGCCUAAAAUCCCUUCCUUUACUCAAAUUUCCUCAUUUAAUUGAUGUAUAUUGGUCUAUAUACGUGAACUAUACAUGGUAUUUAAGAUGUUUGCCAAAAUAAUGGGUGUACACUUGUACACCCAAAUCCCAGUGUAACUCCGCCCAUGGCGCCAACUGGCCGUGUUUGUUUGCCCAUAUUUGGUCAAUGUUGCAUAUAUAUAUUGUAUUUGUUUGUAUACCUUGUACUGCCAAUAACAGAAUAUGCCAUCAUACAAAAUACUACGACCAGAAUAUAACACUACCAGCCAAAACUACGCUUUACACCAGGCGCUUACGUACCACGAAAAGGACGCCUUCCAAAUAUCGCCUGCGGCACCGUGGAUACGGAGACUCUCGGUGUCCGAGUGACAGGUGCGCUCACGCAACGGAAGCACAAGGCUGCAAGCAACAAACCUCCAACGAAAGCUACACCUCAUUUCUCUACUCGCAUUCGUACACCGUCGCGAUCUCAACCACCGUCUCCACGGAUUUGUUUACGCGAUCUCUACGAUCGCUGUCGAAACUGCCGGCCCCGGCCACCUCCGUCGCGGGCCGGCCAUGGACAGCAGCCGCCACGACCACGCGCUCCCUUCCUUGUUCUCGCGGGUCAAACGGCAUGCGUAUAUAAGAUCCUGUCCAUGGCCGCGGUCGAUUGGAGGUUGCACCGUUCGUUUGUUAGAGCUCAUAGCUAUAGAUAGUUCCUUGCACGGCGGCGAGAGGAUUAGCUAGGACCGCGGCGAGAGGAUGAGGAUUUCGAGGCCGUACUCGGGGGUGUCCAGAAGCGGGGCGACGGCGAGGACGGGGCCGCACGCACUGCCGCUGGCGCGGAUCAAGAAGAUCAUGAAGCGGUCGGCGGGGGACGGCAGCGGCGGCGACGGCGCCGGGGCCAGGAUGAUCUCGGGCGAGGCGCCCGUGGUGUUCUCCAGGGCGUGCGAGCUGUUCGUCGCCGAGCUGACGCAAGCCGCCUGGGCCGCCACGCUCGAGGGCCGGCGCCGGACCGUGCACGCCGAGGACGUCGCCGCCGCCGUCAGGGACACCGACCUCUUCGACUUCCUCGUCGACGUCGUCAAGCCCAGGCCAGGUGACGAUAGCGUCGGUGACGGAGUCGGCCUCGCGCCGGCCGCCGGUGCCCACGGCGGCGCGCUCGACUAGAAACUUGUCGGUGCAAUGCAUGCAUGCAUGCGUGCGCGCUCGUCGUGGCUUGUGGAAUCAAACUGUGCCGCCAUUAAUUGCACUAAUUCCGUUCAUGUUGCUUUUACCUGCUCUGCUGCUGCCAAUACAAAGCCGAAUGACGCAGCGGUGCAACUAGCACGAUUUGAUUAACUUGUACACACUGGUACUUGUAUUUCUACAUUUGUCGUUCCAUUUCUACUGCUGUUAAGAAAUAUUUGAAGAUCUU